AUGGCAUCCACUGCGCCCCACGAUGAUAUCUCCGUCGGAGAUGUCUUCACCCCACAAGCUGACAGCGCGCAGCCCUCCGUCGACGAUUCGGCCAAUCACCAUCCCCCGGAUGUCCACAUGGGAGACCGGCAAUCGCCGCGCAAAGUCAUGACCGAUUACAGGUCCAAUGAACAGGGAACCAUGCAACCACCGGCCUUGGACCCAAACCUGCUGACCGGAAAGGCCCGCCGAAAGAAGAAGAAGAAGCAGGCCAGCCAGGCCGAUCCCGCUCGAUCGACCGUACAUGGUUUCACGCCAUUGGCCUCGGGCGACGAGGAUUCCGAUUUCUCAACCACAAGCUCUCGUGUCCCAGACUCACGAACUGCUACCCCCGUUCGACGAACCAGUCCUCGUGGUGGUGGAAUUAGCGCACUGAAGCUCCAACUCGAUUCACUGAACCUUGCCAACAAACCCACUGCAGGUACCAGCGGGCUUUGCUCCGAGACCCCUAGCAAUGCGAGUGUUUAUUCCGACAGUGACCAGACCGAGAUCUUGACCAGUUAUGAAGUGCCUUUGGAUCAGGACUUCGUUAGCACGGACGCUGUGGAUGAUGAAGUACCGGGCACUGCAAACACUGAGAUAGCCGUGAGCGGUAUGGAUCUGCGAAGCCAGAUCUGUCGCAAGAUGACCGCACAAGACUUUCAGCCUCUACUCUGCCUCGGCAAGGGUUCGUUUGGUACUGUACUGCUGGUGCGGCAUGUUGUCACUGGCAAGCUCUAUGCCCAGAAGCAAUUCCGAAAGGCUUCGAUCACCGUGCAUAAAAAACUUGUGGAGCAAACCAAGACCGAACGCACAAUUCUGGAGAGUGUCAACCGACACCCGUUCGUGGUCAAACUAUAUUAUGCCUUCCAAGAUCACGAGAAGCUUUACCUGAUUCUGGAGUACGCCGAGGGUGGCGAGCUGUUCACCCAUCUUGCCAUGGAACGCAUGUUUGACGAAGAUACCGCAGCCUUCUAUCUGGCUGAGAUGGUGCUCGCUUUGGAGCACCUUCACCAGAACGUUGGCGUUCUCUACCGCGAUCUCAAGCCCGAGAACUGUCUUCUGGACCGCCACGGCCACCUGCUGCUUACCGAUUUUGGACUGAGCAAGAUUGCUCUCAACGACGAUGAACGCUGCAACUCGUCUCUGGGCACAAUCGAAUACAUGGCGCCGGAAGUUGUUCAAGGCAAGCCCUACGGCAAAGCCUGUGACUGGUGGUCCCUUGGCGCCCUGGGCUUCGACCUCCUCACCGGUUCUCCGCCCUUCCGCGCUGGAAACCACGCCAAACUCCAAGAGAAGAUUGUCAAGCAGAAGCUUGUUCUUCCCUAUUUCCUAGGACCGGACGCUAAAGACUUCCUUACCCGCUUGAUGCGCAAGGAACCCGCCAAGCGUCUGGGUUACCACAUGCCCAAGGACCUAAUCACCAUCAAGAAGCACCGCUUCUUCCGCAAGAUCGACUGGGCUGCCCUCGAACGACGUGAAGUCGAGCCUCCAAUUCGACCCAUCGUCACUGAUCCGGCUCUUGCUGAGAACUUCUCUAAGGAUUUCAUCAAUCUCCCUCUUAGCCCCUCAAUUGCCAAUGGAUUCGAUGACCUCCCCGCCUCACCUUAUGCGCCUGGCAAUGCCCAACCCUUGCCCACUGGUCUCGGUGCCCAGGCUGCUGGUGAUACUGAGUUGUUUGGUGGAUUCAGCUUCGUCGCUUCGAGCAGUCUGCUGGAUCAUGGAUUAGGCGUUAUGCCCGAAUGA